AUGCCCCAUUGACCUAUAAUGAGGAAAUGUUAUUUGGGAUCAUUAAUUGUCUGUCUAUUCCUGACCCACACCAAAGGACAUGAUCAGGAGGACAGUCAAGCUGGUUGUAGCACUACAUCCAAUGACUUGGUGUAUGUCAUCGAUGGCUCGUCAAGUCUUGGGAUUGCAGACUUCAACACAGCCAAGCGCUGGCUCAUCAAUAUCACCAGUGGCUUUGAUGUGAGCUCCAGACACACUCAAGUAGCUGUGGUCCAGUACAGUGAUACGCCACGUCUGGAGAUCCCUCUUGGGAAGCAUCAAGACACUCCGACUCUUCUGAGGGACAUUGCUGCAAUCUCCUACCUUGGUGGCAAAACCCAGACAGGCCGUGCCAUUAAAUUCACCAUAGACCAUGUGUUCUCUUCACUAAACUACACCAUGAAAACCAUCAGAAACCGCAUUGCUGUGGUUCUGACAGAUGGCCGGUCACAAGAUGAUGUGGUGGAUCCAGCGAUGGAGGCCAAAGCACAGAACAUUGUCCUGUUUGCUGUGGGCAUCGGGGAUGAGAUCACCAAUGCUGAGCUGGUGUCCAUGGCCAACAAGCCUUCUUCCACUUACGUACUGCAUGUGGAGGACUACACCUCCAUUGGGAAUAUAAGGGAAGUGAUGGAGCAGAAACUCUGUGAGGAGUCGGUGUGUCCUGUGAGGAUCCCAGGUACUGUCAAUGAACAGAAGGGCUUUGACCUGAUAAGCAUGAUGGGGAUUGAAGUAAUGGCGAAAAAGGUCCAGGGAUCUCUCAUAUCAGAAAGUGCUUACCUCCUGACCCCUCGCUUGAACCUUACUCAUAGCACCAGAGAAAUCUUUCCAGAAGGUCUGCCUCCUUCAUAUGUGUUUGUGGCCACUCUGCGGGUGAAGAACCCAGUCCACCGCAUGAAGUUUGAUCUCUGGAGGGUAUUGUCUGAAGAAGGUGUCAGGCAAGUCGCAGUGACCUUGAAUGGCCUGGACAAGUCGGUCAUAUUUACCAGUUCCAGCACAAUGAAGAAAGAGCAGACUGUCAUAUUUAAUGACCGAGGCAUUAAGAGGCUCUUUGACACAGACUGGCACCAGCUGAAGUUGUUGGUGAGGCCAAAACGCAUCACCUGUUUUGUGGAUGAUGCAUAUGUUGAGGAGCAGCUCUUGGACGAAGUUGUCCCCAUCUACAUCAACGGGAAGAUACAAGUGGCCAGAAAAGUCAACAUAGAAACCACUGUGCCAAUCAUCUUGCAGAAGCUGCGGCUCUACUGUGACCCUCUGCAGAGCGAGCGUGAGACAGCAUGUGAGAUCUACUCCGUGCAGGAUGACAGGUGUCCAACUGAUCGUUCUCGUCCUGUUGAGGGCUGUGAUUGCCCCAGUGGUAAACCUGGCCCACCAGGCCUACCUGGACCCAUGGGCUUCAGGGGAGAGAAGGGUCGAGAGGGACCUCCUGGCCCAGACGGAAAACCUGGAAAGCAGGGAGAGAGGGGUCCACCUGGGCAGCCUGGAAGAGACGGUGAGAAAGGCGAAGCAGGUCAACCAGGACAAAAGGGGGAGAGAGGGCUGGCUGGUGCCAAAGGCGAUAUGGGAAUCCAAGGGCCACCAGGACAGCCGGGCCCUCCAGGACCGACAGGCCCUGGACUUUCAAAAUGGAAUGAUUAUGGAGUAGAAGCAAGCAAGGGAAUCCCAUUCCAGCAAGGGGAAGUAGGACCUCCAGGGAAACCCGGACCACAGGGGGAGCCUGGGAUACCUGGAAAUGAUGGACUUCCAGGACGAGUUGGACUGAAGGGUGAGAAAGGGGAUGUUGGUGAACCUGGAACCGAUGGACAGAAUGGUAUUCCGGGAAUGAGGGGACAUCCAGGUGAAAUGGGGCCCGCUGGACCUCAGGGUGAACGAGGUUCGCCAGGGCCACCGGGUCCAGUGGGAGCAAAAGGACCUCAGGGACCUCCAGGCCCAAUGGGACCACCUGGUCGAGAAGGUCCAGUCGGUCCAAAGGGGAACUCAGGGCCUCGAGGGCAGGAUGGUGCCCCUGGCGUAUCUGGCACUAAAGGAUCACAGGGUGAACCUGGAGUUUCAGGGCCUCAAGGCAUCAUGGGUCUCCCAGGUUUAAAAGGCAACAAGGGGGAAUCAGGAAAGCCUGGUCCUAAAGGAAGUCAGGGAGAGAAAGGUAGUGAAGGGUCACCUGGGCGACCUGGAAAAGCUGGUGAGCCAGGCCUCAAGGGGAGCAAAGGAGAGCGAGGUGUAACCGGAGAUCCGGGAAUCAGAGGGGCUGAUGGGAAAAAGGGAGAAUUUGGUCCAAUGGGACCAGCAGGACCGCGAGGAUUUCCAGGAAACAAUGGGUUGCCAGGCCAACCAGGUAUCCCAGGUUACCCAGGAAAACCGGGGAAGCCACCUUCAGAAGAACACUUGAUGAAGAUUUGUGCAUCAGUGUUGCAAAAUCAACUCCCACAGCUCCUUCAGGCGAUGUCCUCCAGAGGCUGCCAACAGUGUGAGACAAUUAAGGGGCCCCCAGGUGAUCCAGGCCCCCCUGGACCCCAAGGCCCAACUGGAAAUCCAGGCUAUCCUGGCAGAUCUGGAGCUCAGGGAUACCCAGGACAACCAGGGCCGAUGGGGCCAGUGGGCCCGAAAGGUGAAAUUGGACCAACGGGCAUGAAAGGUGCCAAAGGGGAGAGUCGCAAUGGGCUCCCAGGUCCACCUGGACCACCAGGUUUGCAAGGUCGUCGUGGACUGGACGGAGAGGGAUAUCCAGGACCCCCAGGGUCUACAGGGAAACCUGGUUCACCAGGUAUCCCAGGAAAACGAGGUCCUCCAGGAGUUGCCGGUGUUUGUGACCCAUCGUCAUGUUACAUGGGUUAUGGUGGCCAGCAAGGUCCCUUCAACAAAGGGCCUGACUUUUAGCAAACUACCUUGAUGGACACUUCGGAUGGACUUUUAAGGGCCUCCAGAGCCCAAAGACAAGCCUGAGGUGCCUUGUAUGUACUGGCUUGUUGAUUUAUUAACCUCAGUCCAAAUUAGAGGGCUUAGAGUUUGAACGUGGCAGGUUUAUCAAAUCUAGUUUUUGGUUUCGAAACAUGUAACGUAGCAGCAGUAGAGUGCUGGGGAAAAAAAAUUAGCAAACAAAACUAGAGCAGGAAAUCUAUUCUGAGUAAGAUAAGAUAAUUUCAGAUUGAGUCACCUGGUCGCAGAUGACUUUUCCUUCUUGCAACCACAUUGGUUUCAGUCUUCCAUUGGUGCUCGCUUUUGUGAAACACAUUUUAUUGUAAAUGGACAUUAGGUGUUGCACUGCCUUUUGAAAUACUACCUCUAGAUGCAAAUUAAUCCAUCAGCUAGACAGUGACGAUAUUUUCUUAAAAAAGUGUUGACUGAUGUGUCACACUGCUCAGGAUGUCUCUUGGGGUUUUAAAAAAAAAAAAAAUCAAAGCUCAUUGUGUGUGGUGGGUCAUGACCAGGUUUUGUGAGUGGACUACUGCGUUUUUUGAACGUGUAAACAUCUCAAAAGCUUCCUUCCAUUUUUUUUUAAUGCUCAAACUGGAUGCAGCAGCAACAUCCAUCCAUCCAUCCAUUAUCUGUAGCCGCUUAUCCUGUGCAGGGUCAUGGGCAAGCUGGAGCCUAUCCCAGCUGACUAUAGGCGAGAGGCGGGGUACACCCUGGACAAGUCGCCAGGUCAUCGCAGGCAGCAGCAACAUGAUCUAUUUAUAUUCUUGUCGGUUGAAGCCGUAUUUUUUUUGUUUUUUAAGAAUGUCUUCUCAUUGACUAGUGUUUUCAUUUCCACACUCAUUGUGUUGUUUACAUUUGAACUCAAACCAUUUAUAUGUAACGGUGAUCAAAUAAAAAUUCUAUCCCUAAACAUACAA